UUCACAAUAUUUCAGCGCCAUAAGUAUUUCGAGAGGUAGUUUCUUUGCUUAAGGUAUGUUUUUCUUUACGAAGGAAUUGAAUUGAAUCGUAAGUAGGAUUCUAUCUUGUAUAAAUUGAAGAACGUGCCAACCAACUCAUGAAAUUGGAUUCCAAAAUAAGUUGUUAUCUGGUAACUUGUUUUGUUUAGUUCGAUUUAAGGAUUGUUUCAUGGUCACUGAACUCAGAAUUGUUAUUUAAAGUUGUAACAAUUGUAUAUUGUUGAAGAAGAUUGCGUAGCAGUGCAUUGAGAGAAUAGCUAUAGUCAUUGUUACAUUGUCUUUUAGAUUAGUAUAUGUUUGUUAGUUAGUUACAUAACAUAAUUAAUUUGUUAGCCUAAAUUGCUUAACUCAUUAGUUGGUUAACUUUGAUUAUUGUAAUUAGCACUUUAGUCAUUUAUAUAAAUAGCCUACUGUACAGAUGUAAACAUAUAAUGAAACUAUCUAAUAAUGAUAAUCUAUAUUCUUCUCUGUGAUUCCUUAAAUUUGUCUCAUCUAUUCAAACAAUUCUCUGUAAAUUUUGAUUCUUAACAUAUAUCAACAAAAAGAUUAUACUCAAGUUCUAUUGUUGCUUAGUGUAGUCUAAGAUGGUUUGUCUUAUACAACACACUUCCAAAUUAAAGAGAAUGACCUUAAAAUUUUUAAAUGUGAUUUCAUAACUUUACAUCACUUUUGAAGUAUGUCGCCAAGAAAAAACUACAUAAUAGUUCGGGCUAACAUUUAAGUUUACUUUCAUGUGUAUUUCAUAGGUAUUUUUUAUGGCUAAUGAUAGUGAAUACAAGUUGGAUCCCGGUCCAUUGGAAUCGAAUGUAUUAACGGGACAACUUACUCAUAGAUCACAAGAUAUAUGGGAAGGAAAUGUUAAUAUGAUUCUUAAUACGAGGAGAGAAGAUGGAAAUUUUUGGAAGCUCAUAGAGAAAUAUCCCAUCCAUCCACGAGUUCUUGAAGUAAUUAGGUUAUCUGGAUUAUAUGGUGUUUACAAAUCUAAUCGGCCUGCUAUUGACCGUAGUUUGAUCACUGCACUAGUUGAGCGUUGGCGUCCCGAAACUCACACUUUUCACUUUAGAACAGGCGAAGCAACAAUUACCUUGCAGGACGUAGAGGUGUUGUAUGGAUUACCUGUGAAUGGUGAUCCAGUACUUGGUAAUGAAAUGAUAAGGACCAUAGAGGAUUGGCAAAACAUUUGUCAAAGAUUAUUAGGUUUUGUUCCUUCUCGUGAAGACUUCAAAACAAAUUCCAUCAAGGUCGCUGCAUUUAAUUCACACAUGUUAAGCCAGCCACAUUUGUCGAACAUGGCAACACAAGAUAUGGUUAAUCAGAAGGCAAGAUGUUUCAUGUUCUGGAUGAUUGCAGGUAUGAUGAUGGCGGAUACAUCUGGUGGUUAUUUGAAGCUUAUGUACCUGCCUAUGCUCGAAGACGUCGAUAAAAUUGGAUCUUAUAGUUGGGGGAGUGCGACCUUGGCAUACUUGUAUCAUUUUCUUUGUAAAGCUUCACAGAGUACCCAAAAUGAGAUAGCCGGAUUUUUGCCACUACUUCAGAUUUGGGCGUGGGAGAGAGUCACUGUUCUCCGUCCUCAAAUAGUAGCCCACAGAGAUGCGAGAACUAUUUGUCAUGUUGGUUUGCCUAGGGGUCCGCAUGCUACUAGAUGGUUUGCACAUCUUAGUUGGACGAAUACUACCAAGCAUGUGUUGAAAGUUUAUAGGGAUGCACUUGACUCUAUGAUAGAAGAUCAGUUUAUUUGGGAACCGUAUUCCGAUGACUUAAUUGAGAGUCUUCCUCUCUAUUGUCAUGCUGGACGAGACAUAUGGCGAGUUAGAGUUCCAAUAUUUUGUUGGGAUGUGGUCGAGGUUCAUUUGCCAGAUCGUGUUAUGAGGCAAUUUGGACUACAACAAGCUAUACCAACUCCGUUUCCAUUUGAUUCCAACCACUUUCGCCAUGAUCGUCGAGGAAGACCAAAUACAAAUUGGGAGUUGGAACAUGCACAUUGGUUAUCAUUUUGGAACCAACGUCUCCAAUAUAGUUGUGAUGCACCGGUUAAUAAUGAACCACUUCGCUAUGAUGAUCCAUAUCUUAUUUGGUUCAGGCGCAUUACUCGUCUUGUUAUUGGUAAUCCUAAUUCACGUCCUCAAAAUCAACAAGGUUAUGUGCCUAAUUCGACGGCAUAUGAAACUAUGGUGCGUCAUAUUCAUUCGAUGGUUGAUGAAGCUAAAACACUUGGUGAUAAUCCAUCAUAUGAGGCCUUAUACAUGUUUAGAAAAAUGGUGCGAGAUCAAGGUUCUGAUUGUUUGAAAUAUGUCCAUGAGGCUGACAGGGUUCAUGUGUCAGCCGAUUAUAGAAGAGAUGUGGUACAACCUGUCCAGUUACAUCACCCAGUUCGUAGGCGAGGAAAAGGUGGUGUUGCAGGUAGGAGAGAACGUGUUGUUGAAAGAGCACAAACACAUGUUGAAAUAGAUCAGGCCACACAAAAUGUCCAAGAAGCCUUAGAAGAUGAUCAAGCAACAUCCAAUUAUAAUAUUGGUUCUAUUUCAGGAGGUUGCACUCAUGAAUUCACUCAGGCAUCAAAUAUGACAUAUCAACUGUCAGAAACAGAUAUCAUGCCAUACGUGACGCCACAGACUCUACAAAUAUCAAGUCAUCCAAGUCUUUCAUCACUUGAGAAUGUCAUUGGUAAUUUUGAGAAUGUCCCAAAUUUUAACUCAUCGCCUGUGCCUCUGAUCAUUGAAACCCCUGAUGCCACUAAUAGUUUAGAGGACCCGAAUCAUGAUGUGGACGAUAAUGAUCCAAAGGAUGCAAAUGAAGGCGGUGAUACGACUAUUCAAAAUAGUGAACCAUCAAGGAGGGAGAAGCGUAAAAUUAAACUUAAGCCUUGUGGGACUGGCGGUCACUAUGCUAUCCAACAUGUCCAAAAAAAGAGAGCCAAGAAUAAGUAAUGAAAAUUGAUGUUGCUGAAAUCUUUUGGUGUUGCUGAAACCUUUUGGUGCUGCUGAAAAUUGGUGUUGCUGAAGCCUUUUGGUGCUGCUGAAAAUUGCAGCCAGUACUGCUGAAAAUUGGAGCUGCUGAAACCUUUUGUGGCUGCUGAAAAUUGCAGCCAGUACUGCUGAAAAUUGGAGCUGCUGAAACCUUUUGUGGCUGCUGAAAAUUGCAGCCAGUACUGCUGAAAAUUGGAGCUGCUGAAACCUUUUGUGGCUGCUGAAAAUUGCAGCCAGUACUGCUGAAAAUUGGAGCUGCUGAAACCUUUUGUGGCUGCUGAAAAUUGCAGCCAGUACUGCUGAAAAUUGGAGCUGCUGAAACCUUUUGUGGCUGCUGAAAAUUGCAGCCAGUACUGCUGAAAAUUGGAGCUGCUGAAACCUUUUGUGGCUGCUGAAAAUUGCAGCCAGUACUGCUGAAAAUUGGUGCUGCUGAAACAUUUUGUUGCUGCUGAAAAUUGUAGCUAGUACUGCUGAAAUUAGUGCGGUUUUUUUUUUUUUGUGAUGCUGAAACCUUUUGUUGUUGCCUAAAAAUUUUGAAUGAAAGUGGCGGUUGAUUGAAUGAAACCGAACAAGCGUCAAAGGUAAUACCUUAUUCUUUUUGUCCCUAGAUUCAGGAAUGUGAUCUUCAUUGUCUUGAACAUGUUGAGUUUCUUUGUCAAUCUGGUUUGUGGUCGGGGUGGCAUCGAAUUCUGGAAGUUUGAUGUUAAUGAUAUCGUUUUCUUGUUG